AUGGCCACAGAGGUUGACGCUAAUGUGGAGCUGAAGGAGGCGUCUGCCAACGGCGGCGCCGCGCCUGCCCAAGAGAGCAGCACCAAAGCGGCCCCCGUCUCGGAGGGGGGCUCUCGCAAGUCUCGUGGGGGCAAGCGAUCAUCGGCAGGCGGCGUGACGGCUGCACUGGUUGUUGCUGCUGAUGCGGGCCUCACAGACCUCUCUGCAGAUCCCAGCCCUGCGGAGCCCUCUCCUGCCGCGGCCGAAGAGGUCAAAGUAGAGGAGGAGGGCCCGCAGGGACAGCAGCAGCAAAAGCAGGAGGAGGAGCAGCAGCAAGAGCUUCAGCAGCAAGUUGAGCAGGCGCAAGAAAAGCAGCAGGAGCAGCAGCAAGACGAGCAGCAGGAGCAGCAGCAGGAGCAGCAGGAGGCACAGGAGGAGGUGCAGCAGCAGCAGCAGCAGCACAGUGAGCCCACCGAGCCGGCAGAGACCGCAGAGACCGCAGAGCUGGCAGAGGCAACAGAGAUCAUCAGGUCAAACUCCGGCGCCCGCACUGUCGCGGGCACCCGCGGUGCAGGCAAGGGUGUGGUGCCUACCAACCCGACGGCGGAGGUCGUGCGGGCGUGCGACACUGCUGAUGAGGUGCGCUCGUCCCCGGUGAGGGUGACCGAGAUGGCGAAAGAGCUGACUGAGCACUUUGAGGCGGGCGGCGGCAACGGCGGCGUCAACGGCGCCGCCGCGGGCGCGGAUCGCGGCGACGGGGGCGUGAGCGCGUCGAGGGCGGCGAGCGGCGUCGCGCUGACUCAGCACGACCUGGUCAACACCGCCAACGUGGCGCUGGUGCUGCAGGCCGGCGAGUUCAAGCUGAGGCCCGGCGUGGACGUGGUGCCGUAUGAGGAGCUCAAGGAGCUGCGGCUGGAGGACGGUCUGGACGUGUCGCGCAAGGAGGAGUAUCUCUCCAACGAGGAGUUCACGAAGAUCUUUGGCAUGGAGAAAGACGAGUUCAGGGCCAUGCCCAACUGGAAGCGCAUCACCGUCAAGAAGGCCAAGGGCCUCUUUUAG